AGCUUCUAGUUGAGGAGCUAGCAAACCGGAAGUGGGGUUGUUUACACCCCCCCCCCCCUUAUCCGAGGUCGGGUCGCGGGGGCAGCAGCCUAAGUAAGGAAGCCCAGACUUUCCUCUUCCCAGCCUCUUCGUCCAGCUCCUCCCGGGGGAUCUCGAGGUGUUCCCAGGCCAGCCGGGAGACAUAGUCUUCCCAACGUGUCCUGGGUCUUCCCCGUGGCCUCCUACCGGUCGGACUUGCCCUCUGCAGACAUGAACGCAUCAACAACACCCAUCCCCGCCAUCUCUGACAGCACGCCGACAGCGUCUCCGCCCACAGUAGACACCACAGUUAUUGCAGUUGUGGUGACGCUCAUCCUGCUGACGGUGGUGAUGCUGGGCUUCCUGCUGUAUCGCUACAUGUGCCACAACAAGGGCGACUACAGGACCACGGGGGAGCCGGCCCCCGGCGAGGACCUGGACGAGGACCACAGACCCCAAGAGGCCGCCAGCGAAAAGAAGGAGUACUUUAUUUGAUUGUGUUGUGGUGACGGAUGAUAGGCGUGGGGGGGGUUCUUUUUAAACAUACCUGAAGUGUGAGAUGAAGUGUUGUGGUUGCACGGUAGCGCCCCCUUGUGGUCGCAUCCUCUUCUAGCUGUUACAUUUUUUUAGGUCUCUUUUUUUUUUUUAUGUGUACUUCCUGACAUGUUUGACAGGAAAUAUGGAAGGCAAUAAAAACAUGUACUGCUCA